AUGGUCAUGUGCCAAAACAUGAUCAUUUACAACCCCUUCCUGCCGCCCAAUGCGCGGAGCAUGCGCAUUGCCGACUUUGAAAAGGACUGUGGGGGUACUCAAUGGAGGGAGGAGAGGAUUCGGUCUCUGGAUGGGACUGAAAUUGCUCUCUGUGUGUCGGAUGUGUUGCCCGCAUCCGACCCUGGCAUAGUUGGUCGCACCAAGACUCCUGUUUAUAUCCUCUAUUUCCAAGGAAAUGCCUCCUCACUGCCACCUAGACUUCCCGAUUUGUCGUGGAUUCUUCACCGAGUACGAGACGCCGACGAUUCCGCCACCUACACAAUGGUCUGUGUAAGCUACCGAGGCUACUGGACUUCGCACGACCGACCCUACGAACGAGGAAUAAACAUGGAUUCCGAGGCGGCGCUACAAUGGAUCUCCCAAUUGCAUGAGGCACGAUCUGCAGGAACAAACCAGAAGCCGGUGGUGCUGCUCUGGGGACAGAGCAUUGGGUGUGGCUUUGCCACCAAUCUGGCAGCCAAGGGGCAGAGUUAUCCCGGUUUGAAGCUGGAUGCUCUCAUCCUGGAGACUCCUUUCCUUUCUGUCCGAACCAUGUUGCACGCGCUGUAUCCCCAAAAGUGGCUCCCGUACCAAUACCUCUACCCGUUCCUAUGGAACCACUUGGACAGCUGGACAAACCUCGGCGUGAUAGCCCAGAGGCACCGGGGAAGGCUGCCCGGAGUGUACAUGGUCGAGGCUGGCAAAGACGAGCUUGUGCCCGCUCAUCACGGCGCCGGCCUAUACCAGCGAUGCGAGGAUGUUGGGCUCCCAGUGGAGCGGCGCAAGGUGCGCGGGGCACUUCACAACGAGGCCAUGGUCAAGGCGGAAGGCAAAAACGCCAUUGCGCAGUCCAUCUUGUUGGCUGUCACACGGGCACAAGCACCUGGCUUGUCCCCGGGGUCUGAUUCCGACGGAAAAAGUGCUGGACACGGCCUGAGCUGA